GCGCGGGGCGCUGAGCCCGGUGGCGGCCCCGGCGCGAUGCGCCGCUCGAGCACGGACGAGUCCACGUACCGGCGCAGCCCGUCGCCGGAGGGCAAGGAGCCGGGCUUCGCGCGCGGCGGCCCGUUCCGGCGCUACAGCAGCCUGUACGGGGGUGCGGACAGCGGGGGCGGCGGCCCCUUCUUCGGCCUGCACUCCAACCCCGGCCCCAAGGCGGCCCAGGCGCGCUACACGUCUCCCAAGGGCAACAAGUACGUGGUCUUCUACCUGGACCUCUCCUUCAUCUUCCUCCUAGAGCUGAAGCGCUGCAGCAUGGCGCGCGGCUGCCUGCAGGGCGUCAAGUAUCUCAUGUUUGCCUUCAACCUGCUCUUCUGGCUGGGAGGCUGCGGCAUCCUGGGCGUUGGCAUCUGGCUGGCUGCCACGCAGGGGAACUUUGCCACCCUGUCUGCCUCCUUCCCGUCCUUGUCGGCCGCCAACCUGCUCAUCGUCACCGGCACCUUCGUCAUGGCCAUUGGCUUCAUGGGUUGCAUUGGGGCCAUCAAAGAGAACAAGUGCCUCCUGCUCACCUUCUUUGUGAUGCUGCUGCUGGUGUUCCUGCUGGAGGCCACCAUUGCCAUCCUCUUCUUCGCCUACACGGACAAGAUCGACAGGUACGCCCAGCAAGACCUGAAGAAGGGCCUGCACCUGUACGACACCCCGGGCAACGUGGGCCUCACCAACGCCUGGAGCAUCAUCCAGACCGACUUCCGCUGCUGCGGGGUCUCCAACUACACGGACUGGUUUGAAGUCUACAACGCCACGCGCGUGCCCGAUUCCUGCUGCCUGGAGUUCAGCGAGAGCUGCGGGCUGCAUGCACCCGGCACCUGGUGGAAGGCGCCGUGUUACGAGACGGUGAAGAUCUGGCUCCAGGAGAACCUGCUGGCUGUGGGCGUGUUCGGGCUGUGCACGGCACUGGUGCAGAUCUUGGGCCUCACCUUCGCUAUGACCAUGUACUGCCAGGUGGUGAAGGCUGACACCUACUGUGCGUAGGCUGCUCGCCGUCCGCCACCCCCGCUUCGCUGCCAAAAGAUGUCGCCCACCAGGGAGACGACCACGUCCCCACCUGUCUCUCCUGCUGCAGAACUCUGCGCCAGUCUGGGUGUGGGGGAGGGAAGGAGCAGGUGGCUGGAGCCCCCAGGACCCCUGGCCAGGCCUGUGAGCACCGUGCUGGAGGCGGGAGCCUAGUACUGGCCACAUGCCUGGGGCUGGGGGCAGGAGGGGCUUCUGGCGCUUUUUACAUCCAUGGAUUCUCCAGAGCAGUGUUUUUCCCCUGCGCCCCUGUCCGGGGCAGGGGGUUGGGGCCACACACGGGUUGGGGUGGGGGGUGAGGGGCUGACCACUGGUCCUGGUGCUCAAGAUGGGGCCACAGUCCCGUCAUCCACAUUCCCCUUGGGGCCAGAGCAGGCUCCAGGUGCAUCUUAAUAAAGUAUGUGGGCAGCAGCCCCCCA